AUGAAUCUCGCAGGCAUUAUCUACUUUGUUCAAGUCGUCCUGUCACUACCAAGUUUUGUCUUUAGUCAAUUUGAAUUCACCUCCAAGUCUUCGGAAUUUAAAGUACGCUCGUUACCCGAUGGCCCUGCGCUGCCGACCAGCUGGGCCGGUCGAUUGCCCGUGCUGGGAGCAAAGACUGGUAACGACAUCUUCUUCUGGCUAUUUGGGGCGGAGGACCCAGCCUAUGAUGACAAACUAAUCAUCUGGUUCAACGGUGGACCCGGUUGUUCAUCCUUGAUAGGUCUGACAGGAGGAAACGGGCCUAUCUCCUUCGCCGGAAAUUCAACACACCUAAUACGCAACCCAUACUCAUGGACCCGACUAGCCCAUGUCCUUUACGUGGAUCAGCCUGUCGGCACAGGCUUUUCGACCUCUAGCUAUCCAUACCCAGUACGAGACAACGACGCCGUGACAGCAGACUUUGCACAAUGGCUCCAUACAUUCUUCGACCACUUCCCACACCUCAAAUCCAAAAAAGUGCAUCUCAUGGGCGAAUCCUGGGCCGGCAUUUAUAUUCCAUACUUUGCAUCCGCGCUGCUCGAGGGCAAGCACUCCCUCCCGCUGAACAUCGAAUCCAUGUCCCUGGGCGACGGAUCGUGGGGCAACGCAGCUGCAAUGUCAUCUGUGGCAAUCGGCACAUACAUGGAAUCUCAAUCGACUCGUCUCAAUAUCCCACAGGGAGUCUUGUCGGCCUUCUCCAGCGCAGAUAAAACAUGUGGCUUCGACGCCGUCCUCAAAGAAGCAUCAAUCUACCCACCAAAAGGCAAAAUUCACAUUCCCGGAAAUCCAGAAUACUUCAACUACCGUCUCAGGAAACGCGACAUGACCGACACAGUAGACGCAACGUGCAAUACAGACCCCAUCACACCCGCCGAAGUCACAAACUCUAUUCUAAAUUCAACUUGCUACGGGCCCUGCGCCACGUUCUCCACCGCAAUGGAUUACAUGGAUACAGCCUCGCCGAUGGAAACUGGAGCUGGAAUCCCCUGCUUUGACAUGUACGAUAUAUCUCACAACUGCAGUACAAUCGACACUCUCCAGCUCAUGGUGAAAUACUUCAGUCGAUCGGAUGUUCAAGCGGCAUUACACGUCAAAGAUAGCGAUACCUACGCAGCUUGUAACUCAACGAUUUUGGGUAUACUUCUUGCAGCCCCAUCAGCCGUUCCACCCGCGUAUCACUUUCUGCCGAACUUGGUCACGAAACAUAACAUCUCGCUGCAUAUUUACAAUGGCGAACUAGAUAUGCUGAUCAAUCAUAUCGGCACUGAGCUCUCAAUUCAGAACAUGACUUGGCGUGGCGGACAGGGGUUCUCGAAGAAGCCGAAUGAUGUGUUCUUUGCUGAUGAUCCUGCGCCUGGGCCUGGGAGGACUGAAGGUGAUUCAGUUGGGACGUGGGGCGCGGAAAGGGGUGUAUCGUAUCAUCUCUUUCGUGGGGCUGGGCAUAGUGUGUUUGCGACGAAGGAGAGGGAGAUGUUUGCUUAUGUGCGGGAUGUGGUUGUGGGUGGCAAGGUGGGAUAA